AUGGAUGCGAUGGGCGGGAUCAGUGGCAUAGAGGGGAUGGAGGGGAUGGAGGGGAUAAACGACAUGCAAGCGAUCGAACUCGAUGCUGCUCUUGCCGCCACUUCUGGUCAAACGCUCGGCGUAACAGGCGGGGCUGACGAGGGAAGCACGACGUUUGAUGCCCUCUUUGGUGGCAGCUCCGGGGACGUCGGCAGCGGGUUUGGCCACAUUGCCGAUCUUACAGACUUACGUGACCUCGGCGGUAACCUGGGUGGAGACUUACGCAUGCGAGAUCGCGAAAUCGAUUAUCCUAUGGACAUGAACAUUGAUGAGCUCAGCGCGCUGGGGAUGCAUUUAUCGAGCGAUAUGAAGGGCAGGAGGUGA